CCAAAAUACAAUGGAACUCUCUCCUUCAUCCGGAUAGAAGAAGACGGCAACCUCAUUGCAUACACUUUCUACUCCCCGGUUGACUAUCAAGCAUGGGAACGUGUCUUCGCCGUCUUCUCCGGCGAUAUCGGUUGGGAAAAUCAUUGUCGCCUUCCGUCAACAUGCGGCGCAAUGGGCAUUUGCGCCAAGGAGAUGUGUGUGGCAUGUCCGGAGCCGCCGGGUCAACUAGCCGGAUGGAGUGAACGUUGUGCGCCGCCAGCAGCGGCGGAGUCGACGAGUUGCGAGAAGGGAGCGGCGGUGCCGGAGUAUUACAAGGUGGUGGGAGUGGAGAGUUUUGUGAAUAGGUAUGGGGAAAGUGUGGAAGGGGUGGAUGUGGGAGAGUGUAGGGGGAGAUGUGAUGGGGAGUGUGGGUGUUUGGGGGUUUUGUAUUGGGAGAAAGAGAGGAAGUGUUGGUUGGCUUGGGUGAUUGGGACUUUGGAGAAGGUGGGUGAUGAGUCUCAUGUGGCUUGGAUCAAGUAUUAUAAGUAGAAAAUGGUCAUCUAAGACUUCGUUUGGAACGGCUUUCUUAUUGCUUCUUAAAGCAACUUUUUAGUGCAAAGAUAAAAAAAAAAUAACUAGAAAGCUGCUUUAAAA